UAUACAAAUGUCAGCCAAUGACAUAUAACAACCAUUUCUUAUAAAACCUUGAUGUUCAAAAGCCUGACUAGCAGUGGCAUCCAUGUUGCUUAGGAGUUGGUUUGGAAACAAAGACUUUCAGGCCCUACCUAUACUAGCUAGAUUGCCAAGUAUGCCCACGGACAUGGAACACACAGGACAUUACCUACAUCUUGCCUUUCUGAUGACAACAGUUUUUUCUUUGUCUCCUGGAACAAAAGCAAACUAUACCCGUCUGUGGGCUAACAGUACUUCUUCCUGGGAUUCAGUUAUUCAAAACAAGACAGGCAGAAACCAAAAUGAAAACAUUAACACAAACCCUAUAACUCCUGAAGUAGAUUAUAAAGGUAAUUCUACAAACAUGCCUGAAACAUCUCACAUCGUAUCUUUAACUUCUAAAUCUGAACAGGAGCUUUAUAUACCUUCUGUCGUCAGCAACAGUCCUUCAACAGUACAGAGCAUUGAAAACACAAGCAAAAGUCAUGGUGAAAUUUUCAAAAAGGAUGUCUGUGCGGAAAACAACAACAACAUGGCUAUGCUAAUUUGCUUAAUUAUAAUUGCAGUGCUUUUUCUUAUCUGUACCUUUCUAUUUCUAUCAACUGUGGUUUUGGCAAACAAAGUCUCUUCUCUCAGACGAUCAAAACAAGUAGGCAAGCGUCAGCCUAGAAGCAAUGGCGAUUUUCUGGCGAGCGGUCUAUGGCCCGCUGAAUCAGACACUUGGAAAAGAACAAAACAGCUCACAGGACCCAACCUAGUGAUGCAAUCUACUGGAGUGCUCACAGCUACAAGGGAAAGAAAAGAUGAAGAAGGAACUGAAAAACUUACUAACAAACAGAUAGGUUAGUGAAGAAAAAUGCAAAGUAGCAAUGAGAAGGCUUAUGGAGUAAAAAUGAAGUCAGUUGGUAUUUAAUCCCAAAGUGUUGUUCUGAUUAUCUAAAAUUUGACAUGGUAGACCUUGCAAUUUAGAAUCAAGCAGGUGAGACAGGGAGUAUGCCUGCUUAAUUAUUUAAACUGUGUACUUUUGUUUUGGCACUGAAUAUUUUAAAAAGCAAAUAAUAAAAUAACUAAGCAUUUGAGGAAAAUUUUAAGGAUAAAUUGAGGAAACUGAUUAAUAGAGAUAGCAAGGGAUAAUUAAAUAAAUAUUCCCUAUGUAGCAACAGUGGUUAGAUGAUCUUUGUCUGAAUGUAAUUAAACUUUGAAUAGUUUUAGUGUGUCCUUAAAGCCAAGUAUAUGCUUUAACAUCAAAUGGAAGUCAAAUUCCUAAUGCAUAGAUAGAGAGAGCUAAACUGUGUAAUUUAAUGGUAUCUUCUUUGCUGGAUGUGGCAGAAUCCACACCAGCUUAUCAACCAACACAGCUAAUUUUAGAAUAGAUCCUUUAUCUUUCCAUAUGGCACACAUAAGAAAGUGUUUUUCUACUAUUAAUAUUAAAUUAAAACCUUUACUUUUGUAUAAUAAAUUAAAACUCAGAAUAAACCUGUGACCACGUA